AUGACAAUACGGGGCAUUGUUAAACAUAAUAACGGGUCGAAUGCCCGCGCGGCCUUAGCGUCACAUCGAGAAAAGGAAGAGCGCGAGGAGCGUAGUCGCAAGCGUGCGCAGUGUACACAGGAAGAGCGCGAGGAGCGUAGCAACAAGUGUGUGCGGCAUACACAGGAGGAAGAAUGCCCCCCAGCUGAGCGCUCCCAAGUUGAAGACGAGGAGCGCGAAGAGCAAAAAUCUCACCUACUAGCUCAGGCGAAGUCCCAGAUAGGCCACUGCCUGCAAGAGCUACUGCAGAUACCGCCUGAUCAACGCAAUACCCAAGCCAAGAUUCUCAGGACCCUGAUAGAAUCGGCAAAUAUCAUCCAGGAUGAUAAUGGAAAGCUUGUCGAAGCGAUAUCACAGGCACAGGAGCGGAGCAUUGCCGAGACCGGAGCUCACGAGAAAGUGCACGGUGCAGACUUGGAUGUCCCAGCAUCUAACUCUAACAGCAACAAUAGAAAAGGCAAAGCUAAGGAUGAGGACAAUGGCGAGGUUGUGGAAGGGAAUGACCGGUUCGAGGAAGAGGAAGGGGAUGGGGAAGAUGAGGUUGAAGAAGGCGAAGUCGGAAACAGAGAGGAUGAUGAACACGAACGAGAAGAGGACGAGCUCGAGGAUAGCGAGGAAGACAGACUCACCAAUAAUCACACAGCAAACACCUCACCCGGCAGUAUACCGGUUUCGCAAGGCCGCUCCAGAGUGCGAGACGCUGACCAAAGAUUGUCAGCAUUCGCGCAGUCGCGCCCUGGAGACAUUGUGGCCCGUGGUCCUGACAGAUGUGCGAACUGUCUGUCUAAGGAGACAUGCAUCUUCCACAAGGACGACGAAAGGUGUAUCUCAUGCUUCACCGGCAAGCACGGCUGCCCAGGAAAGGGGACUGCUAUGACUGCGGUUCGAAAAGGAGGACAAGGUGCUGCUGUCGGCAGAAGGUUAGAGACUCAAAACAGCACUUGCACAAAAUCCGUCCCCAGGUCAGACUCUCUCGCUGCUUCCACUGCAGGUAAGUCACCCUGUUCAUGGCCAUGA